CCUCUUCAACUUUCUUUUCAAAAGCAAAAGUAGCGCCGAAAGGAACAGAUAAAAGAAAAGGGUACUUCUGCUAAAAACAGGAAUUUUCUAUUUCAAUCUUAUGGCGGAAGGAGUUUCGAGAGAGACCCAGAUGUCUUUAGCAGCCUCUUCCAUGUUUCCGGGGUUUAGAUUUUCACCCACCGACGUCGAAUUGAUUUCCUAUUACUUGAAGAAGAAGCUGGAAGGCACCGACGAGUGUGUUGAGGUUAUUUCCGAGGUCGAAAUCUGCAAAUAUGAGCCCUGGGAUUUACCAGCCAAAUCCAUCAUACAGUCAGAAAAUGAAUGGUUCUUCUUCUGUGCUCGUGGAAGGAAGUAUCCAAAUGGUUCACAAAGUAAGAGGGCGACUGAGCUGGGUUAUUGGAAAGCCACUGGGAAAGAACGGAAUGUAAAGUCUGGCUCUAAUGUAAUUGGUACAAAGAGAACUCUUGUGUUCCACAUAGGUCGUGCACCGAAUGGGGAAAGGACAGAGUGGAUCAUGCAUGAGUACUGCUUGGAUGGAAAAUCCCAGGAUUCCCUGGUCAUUUGCCGCCUUAAGAGGAAUAUUGAGUUCUGCCCAAAUAAUAAUUCAAAUAGGACUCAAAAUCGAAGGCAAUCAUCAACCAUGCAUGACAGUAACCUGGCUGCAUCAGAAGGUGGUGCUGAGCAGACUGGCAUUUCUGAAGGGGACAAGGGAGUUGAAAGCAAUUCAAAGAAGUGCAGUAGCAGUUACGAUUCUCAUUCUGUAGUGCAGAAUGAUUCAACAUCCGAAUUUACACUGACUGAAUCCUGUUGCCAGCAGAAGGAUUUUGAUGAUGAAGAUGAUUUUUUUGCUGAGAUACUAAAUGAUGAUAUAAUCAGUCUGGAUGAAACUUCAUCAUUGACAUCAAAACCUGACCUCCUCCAGCCUGUGAUUCCUGGUCAGUGGAGAUCACAAGAAAUGCCAUCACAUGUUUUUCCUUUCCAAGGCACAGCACACCGAAGACUCAAAUUGAUGAAGAGGGGAAAAUCUGGUUUAGAUGAAUACUACAUGAAGGAAACUAGAUCUCCAAAGACACAGGCAUCACCUAACUGUUUGCGGAGCAUGUUUUCAGCCAAGACUGUCAACUUCCGGGUUAUAUCUCUUACUUUUAUCACCCUGACUCUGCUCGCUCUGUUUCUAUCUCUAUUAGGAUGUUCCAGGGGAGUUAAAAAUUUCCAAUACACUUCUUUCCACAAGGACAUAUGACACUGAUAAAUGUAAAGAUAAUCAAUGUAUCAUGCCAGGCAGACACACCGUUUGAAGAGAAGCAGAAAGGCAGAUUAAGCAGCCAUUUACAGCCUCUGUUGCAUGGUGGCUUUAGCAUCUCUGUCUACUUGAUUCUUUUCAAAUUUCAAGUCGAGUAUGAAACUUGUUCUAAAGGGGAUUGGAAAACAAUGUGUUGUGCAAUUUUAGAAUUGGAUUAGAAGAAUAACACAAGGAAAAAGAAAGUAUUCAUGAAUUG